ACAGCCGCCCUGCGCCUCUCGGCCGGCGGCAGCUCCCCGCGCCGCCGCCCCGGCGCCCCGAGCCGGCCGCCUCCUCUCCCCUCCGGCAUGUUUUAAGCCCGGCCCGGCCCUGCCCGCUCCCCUUCGGGCUAUCCCUACGCGCCGCCGUCGGGUCCCGUCCCGUCCCGUUCCCCCCGCUCCGCUCCUUGCGCGUUCCCCCCCUCGAAGGGCCGGCGGCUGGGGGGGGGCGCGGGGGCGGUGGGCGCCCGCGGGGGGCGAGGGCAGAAAAGCCCCGCUCGGCACCAUGGCGUCCGGCUAUGCCCACGCCAUGGAGAGGCAGGCCCUGCUGCCCGCCCGCCUCGACGGCCCCGCCGGCCUGGACAAUUUACAAGCCAAGAAGAACUUCUCCGUGAGUCACCUGCUGGACCUGGAGGAGGCGGGAGACAUGGUGGCCGCCCAGGCGGAGGAGGGAGGCGGCGAGCCCGGCCGGAGCUUGUUGGAGUCCCCCGGGCUGACCAGCGGCAGCGACACCCCGCAGCAGGACAAUGACCAGCUGAACUCGGAAGAGAAGAAGAAAAGAAAGCAGAGGAGGAACAGGACUACCUUCAACAGCAGCCAGCUGCAGGCACUAGAGAGGGUCUUUGAGAGGACACACUACCCCGAUGCCUUCGUACGGGAAGACCUUGCACGCAGAGUCAACCUCACCGAAGCCAGAGUUCAGGUGUGGUUCCAGAACCGGAGAGCCAAGUUCCGCCGGAACGAGAGGGCCAUGCUGGCCAGCAAGAACGCCUCUCUGCUCAAAUCCUACUCAGGGGACGUGACGGCCGUGGAGCAGCCCAUUGUACCUCGCCCCGCGCCGAGACCCACUGACUAUCUCUCCUGGGGGACAGCCUCGCCCUACAGUGCCAUGGCCACCUACUCUGCCACGUGUACCAACGCCAGCCCGGCGCAGGGCAUGAACAUGGCCAACAGUAUUGCCAACCUGAGACUGAAGGCAAAGGAAUAUAGUUUACAGAGGAAUCAGGUGCCCACAGUCAAUUAACGACUGGAGGCAGCUGCCUUUGCAGGAGGAGAGAACGCAACAGCACCCGUCCCGCUUCGCAGCUUGUCUGUGCUGAAAGAAAAAGAAACAGAAAAA